AUGAAUCAGUGUGCAGCGUCGGUGAAAGGCAAUGAUAAUGAAUCAGAAGUGGAAGUCAUUGGCGAUGAAAUCAAGAAAAUUUCUUUCGAUAAUGAUCAUAAAAAAAUAAAACAUGUUUGUAUUCUAAAUGUUCAUCCAAAUUAUACGAUUGAAGCUGUUCAUGGAAAUCAUUUAAAAAUCUCUCCUACUAAAGAAAAUGAACAGGUUGCAUUGUUUUAUCCACAUGAUGCUGAACAAGUAUUGAAGGAAUUAGAUCAAAAUAUAAUUGUUCAAACGGUUAAUCUAACACCAAAUGUCAGACAAAGCAUAGCAACUAUUCGUCGAUUGAAACAUCAAAUUGAUAUAUUUAUUAAUUUAUACGAUAAUGCAGAUGGUGCAGGAAUAAAAAUUGUAGACUACAUGCAAAAUCAAGGGAUUGCAUUCACUGGAGCUGGUACACAUUUUUAUGAUCCAACGCGAAUUGAAUUAAAGCAAUUAUGUCGAUAUUGUCGAUUGUCAACACCAAAAUUUGCAUUAAUGACUGAUCCAAAAAGUUAUGAUGAUGAUUCUUUAGCUAAUUUAUCAAAAACAUUGGGUGAUUUUCCAUUAUUUAUUAAACCUGAACAUGGUUACGAUAGCGUUGGUAUUAAUGAAAAAUCAUUAAUUUUUAAUCUGACAGAUUUAAAAGAAUGUUGUACAAGAAUCGUCGAUGAAUUUGGAGGUGCUCUAAUUGAAAAAUAUAUAGAAGGACGUGAAUUUACUGUCCUGGUUGCUGGUAGCAAAGACAAUAUUCAUGUUUUUCCUCCUGUCGAGUAUCGUUUUCUUGCCAAUAAAACAUUUAUCACAUUCGACGAUAAAUGGGGUCAAAAUUACACUGACUUACAUUGGUGUUUAUUAAAUAAAACAAAUGAACAAGAAGAACAACUAAUUGAUGAUUUAAUAUUAUUAGCUAGACAAUUGUAUGAAUCAUUCGAUGGUGAUGGAUAUGCGCGUAUUGAUAUACGACAAGACAAUAAAACAAAAGAAUUAUUCAUACUAGAUUGUAAUCCAAAUUGUAGUCUAUUCUACAAAGAUUUAUGUUCUGCUGAUGCAAUUAUAGAAUUAAGCGGAUGGCCAAAAGUUAAAUUUAUGAAAUUUCUAUUUGAACAAGCUUUAGAACCUCAACGACGAUACUAUUUGACACAUUCAUAUACAAUUAAAUAUUUACCACAAAGUGGUGUUGCAAUGUAUGCAUCAAGAAAUUUGUUUCAAGAUGAUUUAGUUUAUUCGCAAGAAAAUACUUCAUUAAAAUUAGUAACGAAACAAUUUGCUGAACAAACAUUCAGUAAAACCGAACUUAUGUGGUUCAAUCAUUAUGCAUGGCCAAUUUGUGACAAUGUUUUUAUUCUUUGGCAUGAAGAUAGUCGGAAAUGGACACCAAUCAAUCAUUCAUGUGAUCCAAACGUAUGGAUUAACGGCUUAGAUUGUAUUGCAAGAAGAUAUAUACCUUUAGGAGAAGAAUUAACAAUUGAUUAUGCAACAUAUCUGACCACGAUACCAAGCUUCCAAUGUUGGUGUGGUACAUCUAUAUGUCGUGGUCAAAUAAAAUCUGAUGCGUAUAAAGAAAAGUGGUUUCAAGAUCGUUACGGUUCUCAUAUGUCUGCUACAAAUUAUAGUAAUGAUAGUGACAUUCCAUUUGAAUUUGAAACUUAUGAAGAAUUCAAAAGUGCACGACUCAAAUUGAACUAUGAAAAUACACUUAAAUUGUGGUAUUCUCUACCACCGGGAUUGCCAACCAUUAAUAAUCCACUUGCCAAACGCUACACACCACACGAACAACAGACUCGCAUAAAAAAUAUAAAAUCUUUUGUUUCCUAUGCUAACUUGUUCAGACGAACGUUUCGCAAAAAGAAAGUUCGUGCCAAAGGAUUUGGUCUAUGGAAUGAUAUGUUCAAUGUACCUCCAGUAAACACUGCUGUUCUCUAUGGAAUUUAUCAAUCACUCGGUCGUAUUACUAAUGAGUUUCUUGAAAAGGGAAAACGAUAUGAUCCAACAAUAGAUGAUGAUGAACUCUUCAAAGCAGGUCGUACUGUUUGGUUUAUGAUUGCUUUUCAAACACAAAUGAAUCUAUCAUUGUCUCUUACGGAUUCGAUAUUCGGCUACAAUAUGCUCUAUCCAUAUACAGAUGAUUUGGUCGAUUGUAAUGAUGUAUCUCGAGAAGCUAAAAAAGAUUUUGCACGAAUAUUUCAUGAACGACUACUUAUUGGUGCAUCAAAUUAUGAUCCAAAAUCGCAUUUCAAUGGACAACAAUCGAAUGUGACCUUAUUAAAAUUGCCACCAUCAUUACAACCUUAUGCUGAUCGUGUUGGAAAAAUAUUUGAUAUGGUCAAAUUCAUUGAAAAUGAUUGGACACGUAAUGAACAUCAAGGUGUUUAUAUGGGUUUGGUUACUAUUCAUGAAUCUCAAAUGAAAUCAACAUUGCAACAUGCUCAACCCGACAAUGGAUAUAUACCGACAAUGGCACAAAUUGAACAAAUUAGCGCCGAAAAAGGUGGUGCAUCAUUGAUUGCUGCUGUAUUUCUUAUCGAAGGACGAUUAACACGAGCAAAAAUGGCCUAUUUAGAAUAUUUGGGCUUUGGCUUACAGAUGCUCGAUGAUCUUCAGGAUGUGGAAGAAGACAUGAAGAAUAAUCAUCGAACUAUUUUCACUCAAUCAUUGGCUGAUGGUCAAACAUUGGAUGCACCUACGGCUCGUCUCAUUCAAUAUUGUUAUUAUGCACCGGCUUUUGAAAAAUUUUCUGAUGAUCAUCGUACAGUAUCAGAUGCACAAAGUGGUGAAACAUUGGCUCAUUAUGUUCGUGCUUCGAUGAUGAUGUUUUCGGUGUUGCUCAUUUUAGAAGCUGUUUCUCGACUACAACAAUACUAUUCUGAAGAAUUCUAUCGUGAAAUAUCAACAUUCAGUCCAUUGCCAUUUGAUGUUCUUAAAAUGGCUCGUGUUGAAAAAAUAUUUUGGACCGUUGUGCGAGAUCAGUCGUUCUAA